UGUCUAAAUACCAUCCCCACAUACAACAUCCGUCAUUUAGGGCACUGAAACAUUCUGUCUCUCUGCGUUUCUCUCAGUCUGUCUCUACAUCAAGGUGUUGUUGUUAAAAUAGCAAAUAUGGGGAUCACAGUGUAUGCAUCCAGCGUGAGCGGUAACAAGGAGAUGAAGAAACAACAGCAAAGAAUUACCAUGGUCCUUGACAGCAAAGGUAUUGCCUACACAGUGAUUGACAUUUCUGCGAGUGAGGAAGACAAGAAAACAAUGAGGGACCUGGUGGGGGACCCGAAGGCUCUGCCCCCUCAAAUAUUCAAUGGGGACGUCCACUGUGGGGACUUCGCAGCAUUUGACCUAGCAGUCGAGGAUGGAAAAAUAAAUGAGUUUCUCAAACUCUAAAAGGAAUAGAGACCAACUAUGACACAACAACACACCUAUAAAAGACUAACACUACUAUUUCCUGUCAUUUCCUUUGGUUGUAUUAGAGGCCUUAUUUAUAUUUGAUAAAUAAUGCUCAAGGGAAAUGUGCAUUUAAGUGGAAGUGCUUGCCUUCUUUUUAGGGAAAGGCUCAGAGUUGCACAUCUGUAUGAUUAAAAUAAAAAAAUAUUAAAAAGU